AUGGCUGUUCCUAAGAAGCUUCCUUAUCCUGACAACUGUGGGAUCAGCUUAAACUGGCAUGUUAACUCGGACUACGCUGAUGGAUGGUCUGCGAGGGUGACGUUGUUUAACUGGGAAGAUAAUGCAGUGGAGGAUUGGUUUGCUGCUGUGGGUUUGGGUACGAGAACUACUUGUUUAGGGUACGAGAAUGUUUACUUGUUUAAUGGGAUAAGAGUUCCACCUAAGAACCAGACCAUUUUCUUUCAAGGAGUUCGUGGUAUGAACUACUUGAUUGGUCUCACAAAUGGGUCCAACCCUGCGAGAGACCCUCAGGUUCCAGGGAAAAUGCAGUCAGUUAUAUCGUUUAAAAGCAUUUGGGAGUUUGAAUACUGCACGAGGAGAUGGGUUCCCUAA